CUGAAAAACAUGCCAAUACUUGUUUGCUUCUAUAUUUUGGGAAAACAAAUAGAUAAGGGACGGAAUUUUAUUACUGAUAAGACUGGAAAAGCACUGUGACGUAUACUUGGGUAAAGUAAGUGUAAUGGGAAUUUUGAUUGUGAUAACAAAUAUAAACAUUUGGAAAUUACUAAGUUUUUCCCUACAGUAGUAAGGUUUUCUUAACAGAACGUACUGAUAGAGAAAUUUUCUGAAAACAUGCGAAAAAAGCUAACGAACACUCAAAUAUGUAUCGGUACAAAAAGUCAUCCCAUUAUCUUUGACACUGGUAUGCGCACGCAUACCAACAACAGAUAUGUAAGUUUUUUAGUUGGGGCACUUACAGCCCGCAACGCCAUCUGUCAUUCAAUGUAGUAGAAAUACUUGCUAAAAUAUUUAGUUGGACAAAAAUUCAAAUCAAUCGAUGAAUAUUUACUAUAUUAAACAGAGUUUCAAAAAGUGAAACGGAUGAGGGUUAAUAAAACGGAUCCCGGUUGAGCCCUAAUUUGUGGGACUCGUUUUCCGCCGUUCAAAUAUAAAUUGAGUUUGCUCGUUAAGAGUCUUUAACGCGUCCGACCAGUCCUGUGCUUCUGUUUGGAUGAAUAUCCGUUUUUCUAACGUUUUAGUUUCGAGCCCUUAAUUAAUUUCGUUAAACAUGCAGAGAUUUAUUUACUUAUAUGUUAUAAUCUAAAAGUUAUGUCCACUUCUAGUAGCCUUUCGUUCGUUUGUAAACCCCGACAACAGCGGGACCAGGCGCGCAAGUUGUUUUUAUUGCUUGCCACUUUAGUUCCUUUUUCCCAUUAUUUUUAAUAAAAAGCUAUUGCGAGCUAAGUAUUCGCAGUGAAAAUAAAUUGAUACGUCUUUCUUGUUUGAAGUCUACAUUGGCAAUGAUCAAGCUCCGCUUUAUUUGCAUAAUUCAUAUUCUUCAUGCUGCAUACUCACGUAUGCUUGAUGCUACUAAAGCAGGUAUGUUUGUUGCUAUUAAAUUAUUACAUGUUUGCUUAUUCUAUUUUAAAUAUAUUUCAACAAUUUUACUACUUCCUUUGUAUAUUUACUUUCAAUGACUAAGAAAUCGUUGUGGUACAAAAAGCAAUUGAAAACUGUUCACAGUCGCUGAUUUAUUGAGCGGUCGACACUCACAAUAGCAUCCAUAAUUGCUCAAUAGUCGUUGCUGUCUACUGUCGGCCAACAAUCACAAUGGAGGUGAUUGUCUUGCUAGGAUUAAUAGAUAAUGAUAUGAUGGAUUUUGACCUGAGAAUUAGCGCUUGGUGUAUAAUGUUGGAUGUUGUACCUCCAAGCUUGCCUGACACAAUGAUUGCAAGAGGGUCAGCAUCAAAGCCUGUCUCCUGUAGUUUUAUUAGGAGAUUAGCAAUGAAUAAACACCUCAAACUAAAUACCUCCCUGUGGACAGCCUUUCAUUGCCUUACCUGAGAGAGUUUCUGUCGUUUGGGUUGAUUAAGUGUUUACUCAUGUCCUCAACACUAAUGUCACGAUGAACUCACGCAAUGGGUAUGAAAAAGAAUCAGCUGGGAAAAAACUAUGCCUGAUAAUUGCCUCUUAUUAAGGGAGCUCGAAAGGUAUGGUCCUCUCUUGGUACUUUAAAAGGCUGGAAAAACCGAAUGGCCCAGCUGAACUUGUCAGGAGCAAAAAUUACUCCCGGUAACCUCCAAAUGAUUGUAGUCGACACAGACUGUUGUCGUAUUGAGCUCAGCCAUCUGGUAGCGAUGCUUCUAAUACAGAAGUAUUCGUUUACGACUAGUCUUUUAUUUUUCAAAGCAGCAGUGAUGUACCAAACAAGAUACGGUACGUAUAUGGCGUCUGUAUAUACAGUGGUGGAAAAAAAAUAGACUCUUAGCCUUGAAAUACAUUUGAUCGUUCAUAUCACCAAUAUUGUUGCACAAUUGUUUAAUAAUUUUGUACACGUUUCUUCGUUCAAAUCUAGUGCUCUCAACAACAACAAAAAUAUAAGAAAACACGACUCUUGCUCAUAGAGCACCUUAAGGGUCGACUAAAUUCGACUAAUUCCACUAAAAAUAUGCACUUAUUUAUGAAUUUUUUUUGGAAAGAUGAUUCAUGUAAAUUUAUUUAUCGAAUUAGUAUACUGUAAACUCAUAUUUCAAAAAUAUUUUCAAAAAUUUUCACAAGAAAAUAUACAAAAUUGAGCCGUUGACAGCAGAUCUACGCAGACGUCUCGAAAAAAAGGCAAUUUGCCGUGGACAGUUUUUCUCAGCAUUGGAUCAUCUGAAAUCAAAAAAUCAAAGAGUUUUUAUUAAAAAAAAUUUGUUUUCAAUUUUUUUUUAACAUUUGAAGUAGAAGUGCGAUUUUUAGACGCUAAAUCGCAUAAUAUUGUUUAUUCUAUAUUAAAAUAAAUAAAAAUUGAAAAAAAACCUCCCAGGGUUACCUCGGUAAUUAUGUAGAGAAAGUGUGUACAAAAUUUUAGGAAGAUUGAAAAAAAAACCUCCCAGGGUUACGUCGGUAAUUAUGUAGAGAAAGUGUGUACAAAAUUUUAGGAAGAUCGGUCGAGUAGAUUCAGAGAAAAAGUGUCCACCGACUUGAAAAACGUCGUGUUCCAGAAAAUCGAUUUGAGGCCGGCGGGCCAAUUAGAUGUCCUAAAUUCAGUAGUUUUCGCGAAGCGUUGUAGGAUGAGAAAAAAAACAAUUAGCAAAAUGAAGUUUUGGGGAUAGUUUAAUAUAUAUUUGAACUAAAAAAAAAAAUUUCUACAAUCUCCAACAAUAUAUUGUAAGCCGAGUUAUCAAUAGAUUCCCAGAGCGCCUUGCCACUGAAGUAUCCAACUUCUGUACAAGAUACAACUAGCAAUUUUCAUCUGAAAAAAAAAAAAAAAAAAAAAAAAAAAAAAAGAUUAUUAAUUCGACCAUAGCAGGUAGCCGAGUCGGAGCGGCCAACGGUUAUAAUGCUCUAACUUUGUGAGUUUUGCACCGAUUGGCUUAAAAUUUGGACAAAACAUUCUUGAGAUUAUGUACAUUCAUUUUCUCAAAUAAACCAAAAUCGAUUUUUUUUACCCUAUAUAUUGUAUUUGCUUUCAUCACUAAAGAUAACGGUUUUCCAAAACUCAAAACUUUUUGUUUUAUAUGUGUUGGCGAAGAAAAGCCGCUUUUCCUUAUUUACUUUUGAAAUGAGUGUCUUUUUCCUUCCCACACCUUCCUUCAUGGGUUGGCACGAAUUUCCACCUGCCUCAGCUCCGUAAGUGCCCUGACAUCUACAGUUUCUCCUAGAUCCGCCUUAACAGCUUCAUGAACUUUCGAGGUAUGGGUCGGAUGACUUUUCCAGCAGAAGCAGUAACUCUCCUUUUUUGACUCCGUGUAUGUUAUUACUAAGCUCCUUAAGACUUGGCUCUGUCUUAACGCGCUUCAAAAUUUCGGCAUAUGAGAUGCUACCAACUUCAACCCUUCUAGUUUUACUUUUGGCUGAGCUUGCGGCGGCGUUAACAAUUGCCAUCUGUGGCGUGCAAUCCGUUGUGCGCUUGAUCAGAGGUGAUGCUUGGGUACCUUUGUCUUGAAUGACAGGUUUCGCCUCAUUCGCCCUCUUGGUGCCUGAUUCAUCGGGGUAAAGACAGAUCUUCCUAGUUUUUUAUGGAGAUCCGUUAUACUCGCUAUCAGAUCCCUCAUUGGCUGAUUCAUGUUUCGCUUCGGAAGCUCCAUCAUUUCCGCUAACUCUUUGACUUUAUCGCCGAUUGCUUGGCGAAUUUCUUCAGCCGUCAUCGCCUUUACGAAACCGAAGUGUGCUGCAUACACGGUGACGUCGAUCUAGUCCUUCCGUGUUUGGUGGCGAGUGCGUCAGCCUUGAACUCCUUUGGAAAGGGUUUUUAAGGAGGUUCCCGCAGCCAUUAUUGCCAUCUGCAAUAACUGUUGCGAUUUUUGCUGUUACUUCAGCCUCUUCUGUAGUUUGUAAUUUUGUGUUAUUUGUAUUCAUUUUGUAUGUAUAUUCCGAUGCGUAGUCUCCAUUGACGAUUCCAUGGGUAUCUUUGCAUGCAGGGAGGCCAUGCUAGGGUUGACAAAGGCUCUUUAUAGGAGCUUAAGCUCAGAGCUGAAUCAGUGUUGACUAGGAAUAUUACAUCUAGACCUACGCCGACACUUAAUGGCGACGGAAUAUGGAGCGUUCCUAGAGAUUUGCCAUCAUUUUGACGGGGCGGGUGCAACUGCACUAUUAGUCGGAAUGCCGUUUCUGCUGGAUACCACGCCGCAUACUAAGGAAACAGAAUAGUGCAGCCGUCAGCUUGAGGUAUUAUGUCCAAUCAUUUUCCAGUAUGGCAUAUUUAAUACCUUACUGGGCUCAGUCUUAAUGUCGUUGUUGAUGGUUUGACAGUCGUACAUAACAUGGUGAACAGACACUGCCGUCCAUUAUGGAGCUGUCGCUACCGGUUUUUUGUAUUACUCAUCAUGCCUACACAUGAUGAGGUGGACACCUAUAUCUAAGAGGCGAUGUCUUCUCGCCACUGUCACAACAACUGCAUUAGAUUUAUGCUGGCUUUUAUACCGCAUCCUCCGCUCUUGAUCGCUCAAUUGUCGGGGAUUGCUUAUUCGUUUAAACUUAUUUCGCAACUGGCCUGCUACUACAGGCUUUCCGGAUAUCCGCAACCUGCCGACCCCCACGGUAACUUAAGCCGGCCAUACACAAGUAAUUGAGGAAAUCUAAUGGUUCUUCACGUAAUUCUCUCCAUAAAUUUAUGUCUGAAGAUUGAUUUCGCCUUUGUAACCACUUUUUACACCAUUGUUUAAGCUUUUUCGAUUUUUUUCUAUUUUUUAACAAGAUAAAAAAGUAAAGCGAAAUGGGCGAUAUCGUCUUGCUUCUUCGAAUCCAUUGCCAAAACUGAAGAAUUGAACUGUAUGUGUGUUUGCUUCAACAGUGUACAGUUUCAACUGACGGUUUAAACUGUUCAGUUUAAACUAUCAGUUGAAACUGUACACUGUUGAAGCAAACACACAUACAGUUCAAUUCUUCAGUUUUGGCAAUGGAUUCGAAGAAGCAAGACGAUAUCGCCCAUUUCGCUUUACUUUUUUAUCUUGUUAAAAAAUAGAAAAAAAUCGAAAAAGCUUAAACAAUGGUGUAAAAAGUGGUUACAAAGGCGAAAUCAAUCUUCAGACAUAAAUUUAUGGAGAGAAUUACGUGAAGAACCAUUAGAUUUCCUCAAUUACUUGCGCAUGACCGAAACAGUGUACCAAAAAUUGCUCUCGCUGGUUUCUCCGUUAAUAAUAAAGAGAGAUACAGUAAUGAGAAAAGCAAUAUCUCCACACGAGAGAUUAACUGCUACAUUGAGAUUCUUAGCAACAGGACGGUCGUAUGAGUGCCUCAAAUUUUCGACAAGAAUAUCACCUCAAUCUCUUGGAAAAAUUAUCCCAGAGACGAGUAAGGCCUUGUACAAAGUUUUACGGAAGUAUAUUCAGUUUCCCAACUCAGAAGAAAAAUGGAAGGAAAUUGCGAGUUCAUUCGAGGAAAGAUGGCAUUUCCCACACUGCAUCGGUGCCAUGGAUGGCAAGCACAUUGAUAUAAUUCCCCCAGAAAACUCUGGAUCUUAUUAUUAUAAUUACAAAGGCAAACACAGCAUGGUUCUUCUAGCUAUCGUUGACGCAAAAUACCGAUUCCUACUCGCGGAUUUUGGAACAAAUGGACGCAUUUCGGAUGGCGGUGUUCUUCAAAAUACAUCUUUCUUUGAAAAACUGGUGAACGAGGAUUUACAUAUUCCACAACCCGACGAUGUUACUGACAAUUUCAAAAAUGUUCCAUAUGUAUUCGUUGCGGAUGACGCGUUUCCUCUCAGAAGUGAUAUUUUGAAGCCAUUCAGACAAGGACUAUUGGAUUCAGCGACGAAAGAGGUUUUCAAUUAUAGGUUGUCUCGAGCAAGACACAUUGUGGAAUAUGUUUUCGGGAUACUUGCUUCACGGUUUCGUAUCUUUCAGACCUCAAUUAAUUUAGAACCAGAGAAUGUUCAACAAAUAGUAAUGGGCACUUGUGCUUUGCAUAAUUUUUUGAUUGAACAUCAGUCUAGUACAUACGCCCCUGCAAACUGUAUGUAUCAAGAAAAUACUCAUGAUGGAUCUGUCAUUUCUAUUGGUUGCGAUAGUUUAGAAUCAAAGAUGAUUCCACUAAAUCGUCGUAAUCGAGGAAAUAUUUGUAACGAUGCAAAAGCAGUCAGAGAAAAUUUUAUGAACUACUUAAUGAAAGAUGGCCAAAUCUCAUGGCAAAAAAAUCAUAUUUUGAAAAACAAAUAAAAAGAGACCACACUCUUUGAUAUUUACCAAGAGAAAUAAAAAUAAUGUUUAUGGAUAAAUUAAUAAUAUCGUGUUUUUCUUACCUCCUCACCUUCACUGUCCAGAUUUGAAAUUGAUGUCUUCGGAGUGUCUUGGUCUUGCAAGAAAUCAAACAAGUCGUAAUACCAGAGUGCCGGCUUGUAAAUGCUAUCCGCUGAUGAUCCAGACUUCUUUGACGCUUCAACUUUCUUUUUCUCUUUGCGAAAAGCAGAUCUCAAACUGUUCACUUUAUUAAUAACAGAUUUCUUCGUAGCACCAGGUUCAAUUUCGUCCAAUUUUUUUGCUAAUUUGGUAUAUGCAUCGUCUCUUUUCAUACGGUCAUGAUAAUCAUGACUCUUUACUUGCCAAAGACAAGGUUCCGAUCGAUACAUUUCAAUAAAAUCGCCAAUUAUUUGAUUAGGUUUAUUACGCGCCAUCUUAACUACGCGAAAAUUAUACUUUUAAAAAGGAAUACCACAGAAUACAACACACCUCCUCUUAAUUGAACUGAGAAAUGUACAGCGAACCCCCACACACGUAAUAAUCAGUUUAAACUUUCAGUUUAAAAAAUUGAAAAUUUCAUUUAUCUCAGUUCAACUGUAGAGUUGAAUUGAACUGAAACUGAAAUAUCCACACACGUGGGACUAUCAGUUGAAACUGUAUGUGUGUGGCCGGCCUUAGAGCCCAGCUUAGCAGUCCGAUCCAUAAGGAGCGUGGACCUCCGGGAGCUGGAUGGAGUGUGUGUGUGUGUUAGUGUGUGUGGGUUUUGCCACUGCACAUAAAACGUCUGCUCAAUUCGAAUGCAAAAACAGAAGUGAUUUUUUAUUUCAGCGUUUUCAGUUUCUUACAUUUAAAUGUGUGUUUGUGUGUUUUUACAAAGAAUCAAUGUGUUUGUGUGUUGUUGAGUCCCGUUCCAGGGAACUAGUGGCAAGGGUGUUGGGUUGGUUACUUCUGUCUCCCCAAAAUGAAGCGGAUGGUUAGGAACGGGUGUCCAGGUGAAUACCGCUGAUUUUUGUUAUGUGGAUUGGGCAUAAUUAGUGGUCCUUAGUGAAACCAACACAACACAAAAGGAUAUAAGUUAAGGGGUUAUACGCAGUUAUGAAGCAAAUAAAAGACGGGUUGUCAAGGAUUUAUCCUGAAGAAACUUCAGAAUAUUUUAAUUUGAAAAUUUUUGGCGGUUAUAAAAGCAUCCUUCAAGAACGUAACAAAAUUUUUUAUUUAUGAAAAUGUUGAUUAUAGAGCGCGCUGCAGUCGAUUUCUGGAACCUCCUUUAAACAAAGACGAUUUACGGUGUACAUCGUAACUCAGGAUUGGAUUAUCUGAAAUCAAAUCCCUUCAGGGAGCACCAACCACUUGGCCCCUUUUUCAUACUUACUCCUAUUUUCCAAUCCAGAGCAAGUAAAAAUCUGUUGUGGUUACCUUCAGUCCAGAACUUGAAGUGCCUUAACAAUUUAUUAUUAUACUUAAGCUAAGCUUAAUUCUUAAUCUAACAUAAUGUUGACAUAGCGGUUCACACGGUGCAGCGGCGGUUAUAUACUAACGCUGCUGCGCAUGUGUCAUCGGAUACGCAUUGCUAGCGUAUUGCAGUCAGGUAGCUGCCUUAACUUAUAUGUAUGUCAUAUUUUGUUUACAAUACAACGAUUGAUUCCGUUCCAUUUGACAAUGCAUAUUAUAUUUACACAGUUACCUUUUACUUUCUACUGCACUUUACUUAUGAAUAAAAUAAUGAUGCUUAGCAUAAUUAUAAGUAGAUCCAUUCCUGAGCCGGCUACGCCAGUUACCAUCGGGAGCUGGAUGGUGUGUGUAUAUGUGUGUGUGGGUUUUGCUACUCACCAAAAACAGAAGUAAUUUUUUAUUUCAGCGUUUUCAGUUUACAUUUAAAAGAAAAGAAACAAUAUAUUUAAUAAUAUACUUACGUUGUCAAGUUCCUUAUUGCUAAUUAAUACUUAUGAAAUUUCAAUGGUCACAGCAUAUGCGGUAUCAGUUAAGCCGCAAACAAAACUAAUUGUAAAUACACAAAUACUUGCGAGUAGUACAAGUAAGCAUGUAUUAAUUUUUGUAAUCGCUGUUCUCUAGUUCGAGUAUAUGGCAUUCGUGAUCAGACAAGACGCGUACACAAUUUACUUCAACAGAAAAAUUACGAUUAGUAUUUAUACUCCCAAUGCAGAGUAGCGGCCUUGAGCGAAGAGAGAUUUGUAUUCUACUUUGAGUAGAGUACAAUGCAAAGAGUACUUGAAAGCGUAGAAGAAGCAAAUGUAUUUUUGCAGCCCCUUAAUAUGCAUACAUGAGUGCAUGAUGUUUGAAAGAAUCAUAGUUCGCGUUACUUUACGCAAACUAUUACGGGAAAUGUGGAUUCCUUUUAUAUCAUACCUGAAGAGAAUUUGUUUUUUUCUUUUUUGUUUAGAACCUAACUCCCCUAAUGGCUGACCUCCACCAAUUUCCUUUUGGCACGUGUCGGCGUCAGUUCGGUGAAAAAAUAUGAGCUUAAGAAAUUUUUGCAUUGUUUGAAGUGCCUCUAGAAACGGUUUGUUUACCACAAUCGGAACGGUAGACGCUAUUAACACUAAGGUGGCUAAAACUUUAUGAGAAUUUGGGGUGUGGCCUAAACAAUAGGAAUACUUUUAUUUAGCGUGGGAGUCUUUCGAUACAGUAUAAACAUAAUCUCUAACUGGAGUUUUUGAACAAUCUGUAGGUGGAAGACUUCCUGACUGGCAAUCACCACUGAAGACCUGUAACUGCAGGUACUUUUUGAUAUUUGCAAUAGGUUAAGAUUGAUCUUUUGAUACAGUAUAAUCAUAAUCUCUAACUGGAGUUUUUGAACAAUCUGUAGGUGGAAGACUUCCUGACUGGCAAUCACCACUGAAGACCUGUAACUGCAGGUACUUUUUGAUAUUUGUAAUAGGUUAAGAUUGCUAGUAAUUUCGCAAAAUUCAGCAGUGGAAUGAUAGGUUAAAUUUAAUAAUUUGUAGUUUAUAAGUAGAUGAUUAAAAAGUGAUGUAUCGGGAAACCCUACAUCGACAGAGCGUGAGAGAAAGCAAAAUAUUUAUAGGAAUACUUUUGUUGACCGUGGGAGUCUUUUGAUACAGUAUAAUCAUAAUCUCUAACUGGAGUUUUUGAACAAUCUGUAGGUGGAAGACUUCCUGACUGGCAAUCACCACUGAAGACCUGUAACUGCAGGUACUUUUUGAUAUUUGUAAUAGGUUAAGAUUGCUAGUAAUUUCGCAAAAUUCAGCAGUGGAAUGAUAGGUUAAAUUUAAUAAUUUGUAGUUUAUAAGUAGAUGAUUAAAAGUGAUGUAUCGGGAAACCCUACAUCGACAGAGCGUGAGAGAAAGCAAAAUAUUUAUAGCAAUACUUUUGUUGACCAUGGGAGUCUUUUGAUACAGUAUAAUCAUAAUCUCUAACUGGAGUUUUUGAACAAUCUGUAGGUGGAAGACUUCCUGACUGGCAAUCACCACUGAAGACCUGUAACUGCAGGUACUUUUUGAUAUUUGUAAUUGAUUAAGAUUGCCAGUAAUUUCGCAAAAUUCAGCAGUGGAAUAAUAGGUUAAAUUUAAUAAUUUGUAGUUUAUAAGUAGAUGAUUAAAAAGUGAUGUAUCGGGAAACCCUACAUCGACAGAGCGUGAGAGAAAGCAAAAUAUUUAUAGGAAUACUUUUGUUGACCGUGGGAGUCUUUUGAUACAGUAUAAUCAUAAUCUCUAACUGGAGUUUUUGAACAAUCUGUAGGUGGAAGACUUCCUGACUGGCAAUCACCACUGAAGACCUGUAACUGCAGGUACUUUUUGAUAUUUGUAAUUGAUUAAGAUUGCCAGUAAUUUCGCAAAAUUCAGCAGUGGAAUAAUAGGUUAAAUUUAAUAAUUUGUAGUUUAUAAGUAGAUGAUUAAAAAGUGAUGUAUCGGGGAAACCCUACAUCGACAGAGCGUGAGAGAAAGCAAAAUAUUUAUAGGAAUGCUUUUGUUGACCGUGGGAGUCUUUUGAUACAGUAUAAUCAUAAUCUCUAACUGGAGUUUUUGAACAAUCUGUAGGUGGAAGACUUCCUGACUGGCAAUCACCACUGAAGACCUGUAACUGCAGGUACUUUUUGAUAUUUGUAAUAGGUUAAGAUUGCUAGUAAUUUCGCAAAAUUCAGCAGUGGGAUAACAUAUUAAAUUAAAUACUCUUGUAUAAGUUAGGUUUUUAAACUCGCUUUUUUAUUAUAUCUGUAGUUGGUUUACAAUUUCUAUUGAAAUUAAAUAUAAGAUGGAGUUUGGUGGCUAGGAGUAACGAUAUAAGCACCAGUUGCAAAGCAGGACUAGCUACUGCUGAUCAUCUAGAACGGCCACCUUCUUUUUGAUUGGUGUAAUAACCGCUAGUGUUUGGCCGAGUUUAACAAAGCGUUCCAGUCGUUUCUUUCUUACCAAAUUCAGACAACGGCAUACAGGCAACUUCGGUUGAUACUGUUGAAAGAAGUUUUAAAAUCGACAAGAAUAUGGUGUUUGCCGGUUCUGCUUUCAUGGGUCUUGAGACUUGGCGUAUUGUGAAUGUCUGAUCGAUUGUAGAUUUCCCAGGUCUAAAACCAUACUGAUAAGGUCCAAUUAGUUGGUUGAUGGUGGGCUUCAGCCUUUCACACAAUACGUGUUAGGACCUUAUAGGCGAUCCAUUCUAGUGAUUAGAACUUAGAAAUGCUUAAAUUUAAAUAAAAAUUACAACAUAUGCAUAUUAAGUGUACCAUAUUGGUGUCCCUGAAAAUAUAUUCUCCAAGCAAUUGGUCCAUCACGUCCACUCCUCCUUUUGUCUUGUUAUAAAACUCGAUCAUCAUCGUCAUGCAUUGAUGAUAGUAAUAUAACUGCUUUGUUUUUUUUUUCGGCACAUAGGAGCAUAUGGAUAUGUUGGGCCUAAAACCGAAUGUACUUGACUUCUCUGCACGAUCUUUGUGUGCCAAAAUCCCCUUUGGUAUGUAGGGCUUAUUUUUCCGCAGAGUUCCAAUUGCCGUCAAAUUCAUGGAUGACAAGCUUUCCAGUAGAUUUAGGGAUGUAAAAAAAUUGCCCAUCGAUAUAUUUCGGCCGGUUCCAUGAGAGCGGCUUACUAAAUCCUUCACCACGCAUUCACCCUAGUUAGUUUCCCGUCCCGUAGGUGCUUGGCCAGUAUAUAUUUGUCCAUACAGUGGAUAUGCGUUUUUGGCAUCAAACGAUUUGAUGUCAUAUUUUGCCGGUUUCGAUGGGAUGUAUUGCGUGAAACGGGUGCGGCCACGAUAUGGAAAGAGCUGCUCGUCUACCGUAGAUUUUCACUUGGCUUAUAUGACUGCUCAAAGUUGUAGUUCAUCAUGGUCCACAGCUCCGAUAUUGGUGCAGCUUUGUCAGUUACCAAACGUUGUGCCCGUGUGUUGCCAUCGUCAAAUCUUAUACAUCGCAGUAUGGCCUGAAAGCGGUUAAUGCCCAUUGACGCACGAUAUAAUGGAUAAUUUUCCACCGACCACAAGUCCGGCGCACAUUCGGCAUUGCUGCGGUUAGCGCCAGUCAUAAUAAGCACUCCAAUGAACGCAGACAUUUCGCUCAAAGUAACCUUCUUCCAUGUUUUUGGUUCCGCCUCUGGAUGUUUUGCGUUUAAUUCCGCAUAUGUAGCUUCUGCUUUUUUGUUGGUGCAGCGUACUAUAAUGUCCACCAUUUCCGGAGUCAUAAAACAUUUAUACGUAUUGACUAUUGACAUCAUAGUAGUUGAUCUUGCGGGCCCACUUCGCUGUCGCAAAAUAUUUUGUUGCCUAGUUUGGCGUGCAAGGCGUGGCUGUGAGCUCCAUAUGGUACCAUCACGUGCUACGAAUUCAGCUGCACGCAAAUUAAUCUCCUCAGAAUCAUCUGCAGCAUCGGAUUCAUUGUCAGAUUCUUCGUAAUCAGCCUCAUCUACCUGGGCAUUGUCAAUUGUGUAAUCAGGGCCUUCUACAUCCGAUUCAACCACGCCAUCUGCUACUGCUACUUGUUCACUGUCAUCCCCUUCAGGGUCGGAAAAUUCAAAUAAUUCAUCAUCUGAGAUUUCGUCAAACAGGUUUUGUAUGUACUGCUCUUUUUCAGCGUCAGAUAAUCUAAAUAAAAAUAAUUAAUUU